AUGUUCUCUCAUCUCGUGUUACGGACUUCACCAGUUCGUGCAAUCAGGCUCCAUCGAUUUGCGUCUUCUCGAUUCCCUUCGUCGCCGGUCAGGAAGAUGUCUUCAAUCCAAACCCAUCCUAGCUUGAGCGUUGUAUCCACCCAAAAUGCACCUGCUGCCGUAGGACCGUAUUCUCAGGCCAUUAAAGUUGGAGAACUAGUUUUCUGCUCGGGCUGCAUCCCCUUUGAUCCUAAGACUGCUCAAGUCGUGGAGGGGGGCAUCGAGGAGCAGACCGAACAGGCUCUGAAGAACUUGCGGGCAGUCGUGGAGGCGAGUGGCAGCGAGCUAGGCAAGGUUGCUAAAACAACUGUAUUUUUAAAGUCCAUGGAUGACUUCGUUGUCGUUAAUGGCAUCUACGCCAAGUUCUUCGGCGAUCACAGACCAGCACGCUCUGCUGUUGAAGUUGCAAGACUCCCAAAGGACGUCUUGGUAGAAGUAGAGUGUAUUGCUAGCUUGAAAUAA